AUGAACUGUGUAGCAGGAGGCAAUGACAAGCUCGAUCAUCAGUUUGCGGCCAUGCCGGUGCACUCGGAGAUUCAGCACUUCAAGAAGGACAUCUCACUCAUGUCGCAGUGGACAGGAACCGAGUACAAAAACAUGGAAAAGGUCUUCCUCGGUGCGCUUGCUGGCUCUAUACCUGACGACGUAAUGCACGCCAUUUAUGGACUCUUAGACUUCAUUCAUUAUGCUUGGUUUGAGACUCACACAACUACAUCUCUAGAGGCUCUCGAAGCAGCAUGGCAACAGUUUCACACAUGCAAGUAUGCAUUCAUCACUUACUACAAUGCCAAGCAGGCAAUGCUGGCAAACUACACAAAUUUUAGCGGUAUCCCGAAGCUUCAUGCAAUGGAGCACUAUGUCCAGUCAAUCCGUCUACUUGGCUCUGCAGACAGAUACAAUUUGGAGGGCCCAGAGCAUCUGCAUAUCGACUUCGCUAAGUUAGGUUACCGCGCAAGCAACCGUAAGAACUACUUUGGCCAGAUGACGACUUGGCUUGACUGUCAGGAAGCUGCUGUUCACUUCGACGCCUACCUGCAUUGGCUGCAACCUCCAGGGCUCAUCCAACCCGAAGCAGCUGCCAAGAAUCACAAGGACAGCAGCAACAAAGAUGAAGACAUCAAACAGCGAAAGGAGCUGAAGGAGGCAGAGGACAAAGAGAAAGGUGUUGCACGAGCUGAGGCGACUAGCAUCCAGUUCAAGGUUGCGAAGAAACCUCUGUAUCUGCUGCUCUCUGCUGACACCAUUGUGAAAUCUCAUGGCACUCACGACUUCUCGUGGCAUCUUGAAGCUUUCCUCAUAGAACGUGCUCACUCUGCAACCCAACCUGUUCCUCAGUUUGCGCUAACAGAGAUCAAGAAAAUCAGCAUGGAAACUGAAGUUCCCAUGUAUAAGCAGCUGAAGCUCUAA